AUGGUUGCUCAACUUGAUAGUUACCACAUGAUGGUAGUUUCAAAAUACUUUGAUAACCUUCCUGAUUUUAUCCAUAUUGAAUUUGUAUGCAAAAAGUUCUAUGGCAACAUGUCACGUUUUCAUUUCAAUCCAAUUCCACUGACGAAAACUACAAUAAAAUAUUUUUCGCGUAUUGAAACGCUUCACAUUUGGAGCGAAUAUGAUAACAACUUCACAAACAUUCUGUCGAAAUACAAGAACCCGGAAUGUGAUAACAGUAACUCUUUUUAUCAAGUUGUCGUGUGGUUUCCUGUUGAUUAUAAAACAACUCAAAAUCUGCAAGAAACUAAUUUGGUGUUUAAAAAUGUGAGUUACACAAAGAAUGAUCGAACACAAUUUGGUAAAACUAUUCCAUCCUUAAUUCGUUCUCUUGGCGACAAUUGCUUCUCAAUGUGUAAUAUAAAGUCCAUUGAUUUUCCAAGCAAAUUAAGUUCAAUUGGUGAAGACUGUUUUUUCACAUGUGAACAAUUGGAACACAUCGAAAUUCCAGUUUUUGUGAAAACAAUUCCAAAACAAUGUUUUAUGUAUUGCGAUUCUUUAACUUCUUUUGUUAUUUCGGAUAACAUCACAUCACUUGGUAUCAGCUGUUUGGCUGGUUGCGCGUCUUUAACUUCCCUCACAAUUCCAACAAGUGUCGAAUUUAUAGGCGAAACCUGUUUUUGCAAUUGCAGAAAUUUAAAAUCAAUCGAAAUGGCAAAUAACACUAAAAUUACUUCUUUGAACAUCGAAACGUUUAAAAACUGUCGAGCACUCCUUUCUAUUAAAGUGCCACAAAAUGUGACUGCAAUCAACUCUUCGUGUUUUGAAGGAUGCGCUUCAUUGACUUUAAUUGAUAUUCCAGAGACAUUAAAACGAUUUGGGAAUAUGGUCUUUUAUGGAUGUUGUUGUCUCAAAACUAUUCAUUUACCGAAGAAUUUAACACAACUUCCACUGCAAUUUUUUAAUUGUUGUUCGUCUUUAUCUGCAGUAGAAAUCCCACGUGAAAUUGUGUGUUUUAAUUCUUCAUGUUUUUAUGGGUGUUCAUCACUUGUUAAUGUUCGAAUACCAACGAGUGUGACGCAACUGUGCGAUUAUUGUUUCGCUUUUUGCACGACAUUAACAUCAGUGGAUAUCCCACAAAGUGUUGUGUAUGUAGGAAGAGGCUGUUUCUGUCAAUGUCACAGUCUGACUUCUGUUAAUCUCCCAAGCAAAGUAUCUUCAUUGGGAAACGAAACGUUUUGGAUGUGUACUUCACUGAAACAUAUUGAACUCCCUAAACGUGUAGUGUACAUCAACACUUUUUGUUUUAAAGAAUGCAAGUCGUUGACGGCUAUUACACUUCAUGAUAACAUUAAAGCAUUUGAAAAUCAAAGUUUCAUGGAAUGUGUGGCACUCAGUAAAAUAAGUCUUCCAGAAAGUGUCGAAGUUAUUAAAAAUUCUGCAUUUGAAAGAUGCGAAUCGUUGCGCGAAAUUAUAAUUCCAGAAAAUGUGACAAGAAUCGGAAAUAGAUGUUUUGCCGAGUGCUGUAAGUUAAGUGUCGUCAAAAGUGAAAACAGUGAUCUUGUGGUUCCUGACGAUUGUUUUAAAAAUUGCACCGCUCUUGUGAAAACAAAUUUGAAGAAAAAAUAA